AACUUCAUAGUACGUGUUUUGUUUUUGUGGGGGUUUAACUUCAUACAAGUUUCGAGCUUGUUUUUCAAUAAAAUGUAUACAAACUCUUUCAGCAAUUGCUAAGUUGCAGAUGACUAAAGCCCCAACUCACCUUCUCUCGCUGGGUUUUCUCUCAUGUCGAAGACCAUCUUCUCUCGCAUAAAACCUCUCCACAGUCCCAAACCCAAUUCUUCUCCAAACUUUCUUGUCAAAACCCACGUCAAGAAAUUGGUCGACGAAGUUUGUGAAAUUCUCAGAACCCACAAUCAAUGGGAGGAAACCCUCGAAACCCGACUAUCCGAAGAGGAAGUUGUCGCAUCUGACAUUGCUCAUUUGGUGUUUGAUAGAAUUCACGACGUCCAUUUGGGUUUAAAAUUCUUUGAUUGGGUCUCUCAACGACCAUGUGGUUGUUCUAUAGAUGGGUUUGCUUAUUCUUCUCUUCUGAAGUUAUUGGCGAAGUCAAGAGUGUUUUCGGAGAUUGAAACCAUGUUGGAGAAUAUGAAAGUUGAAGAGAAACCACCGACCGAUGAGGCUCUGAAUGCUAUAAUUCGAGCAUAUUCUGAUUCUGGGUUGGUUGAUAAAGCUCUUCAAUUGUAUUUCUUUGCUGUUAAAACGUACAAUUUCGUCCCAAAUGUGUUUGCUUGCAAUUCUUUGCUUAGUGCGCUAAUAAAGGAUGGUCGAACUCAACUUGCACUUUCCAUGUAUGAAGAAAUGGUUGAAAGAGACGAUGGCACAGACAAUGGUUGUGUCGAUAACUAUAGUACUUGUAUAAUGCUGAGAGGUUUGUGCAAGGAAGGGAGGGUUGAGGAAGGUAGAAAGUUGAUUGAGAAUAGGUGGGGAAAUGGUUGCAUACCCAAUAUUGUUUUCUACAAUACACUUAUUGAUGGGUAUUGCAAGAAAGGCGAUGUUGAAAGGGCACAUGGGGUUUUUAAAGAGUUGAAACUGAAGGGGUUUUUGCCUGCAGUGGAGACCUACGGGGCUAUGAUAAAUGGGUUCUGCAAGGAAGGAAAUUUUGAGGCAAUUGAUAGACUUUUGCUGGAAAUGAAUUCAAGGGGUUUAACUUUAAAUGUUCAAAUUUAUAAUAACAUUAUUGAUGCUCGACAUAGGCAUGGUUGUGCGGUGAAGGCUGUGGAGACCUUAAGAAAGAUGAUUGAAAAUGGUUGUGACCCAGAUAUUGUGACAUAUAACAUAUUGAUUUAUGGUUUGUGCAGGGAUGGUAAAGUUCACGAAGCAGAACAGCUUCUGCAGCAGGCAACAAGGAGAGCAUUGAAGCCAAAUAAAUUUAGUUAUACUCCUAUUCUGCAUGUCUAUUGCACACAAGGGGAAUAUGUGAGAGCCUCAGAUAUGCUCAUUGAGAUGACAGAAAGAGGAUAUAAACCUGAUCUGGUUACUUAUGGAGCUUUUGUCCAUGGGCUUGUUACUGCAGGUGCGGUUGAUGUUGCGUUGACAGUUCGUGAUAAAAUGGUGGAGAGGGGAGUAUUGCCUGAUGCAGCCAUUUUCAAUGUUUUGAUGAGUGGACUUUGCAAGAAGGGGAAGCUUUCUGCUGCUAAGCAGCUGCUUGCCGAGAUGCUUGACCAGAAUAUGCUACCUGAUGCCUUCAUUUAUACCACUCUAAUAGAUGGUUUCAUCAGAAAUGGUGAGUUUGAUGAAGCAAAGAAAUUAUUUGGUCUUGCUGUUGAAAAGGGUAUGGAUCUCGGUGUUGUGGGGUACAAUGCCAUGAUUAAGGGCUACUGCAAAUUUGGAAUGAUGAAUGAUGCAGUGUCAUGCUUUAAUAGAAUGAUAAAAGGGCGGAUUUCGCCUGAUGAAUUUACUUAUUCCACCAUUAUAGAUGGAUAUGUAAAACAGCAUAACUUGGAUGGUGCUUUAAGAAUGUUUAGCCAAAUGAUAAGACGGAGAUGCAAUCCAAAUGUUGUCACAUAUACCUCUCUGAUUAAUGGGUUUUGCCGCAGGGGAUACUCCAGCAGAGCCGAAAAAAUCUUUAGAGGGAUGCAAUCUUGUGGUCUGGUGCCUAAUGUUGUAACUCACAGUAUACUAAUUGGGAACUUUUGUAAGGAGGGUAAACUCACAAAAGCGGCAUCCUUUUUUGAACAAAUGCUGAUGAACAAAUGCAUUCCUAACGAUGUUACCUUUAAUUAUCUCAUAAAUGGAUUCUCAAAUAAUGCACCAAGUGCAAUAUGCAAGAAGGGGAAUGAGUCUCAUGAGCAGAAGUCUAUAUUCCUCGAUUUUUUCAGAAGGAUGAUAUCAGAUGGAUGGAUUCCAAGGAUUGCUGCAUACAAUUCUAUCCUUGUUUGCCUUUGCGAAUAUAAAAUGCUCAAAACCGCUUUGCAGUUUAGUGAUAAGACAGCGAGAAAGGGCUGUCUUUCAGAUUCAGUUACUUUUGCUGCACUGCUACAUGGUAUUUGCUUGGAAGGAAGAUCAAAGGAAUGGAAGACCAUUAUAUCAUGCAAUUUAAAUGAGCCAGAGCUCAAUGUGGCUGUAAAGUACUCAUUGGUGUUAGACCAGUACCUACCACAAGUAAUUUCUGAGGCUACACAGAUUUUGCAUACUUUGGUUGAAGACUACAAGUCUCAUAACCAAGACAUAAAUGGUUUCGAAGUGUCAGCAAAGUAGGACAAAAGGAAAAACUCAAGUAACUUAUUUUUGGUCUCCUAAACCAGAGAAAUCUUUCUUUCAUUAGCCUAACAGCUGAUUGAGAUCUUACGCGGGGGCUGCUUUGAGAAAUCAACUUUUUGUGCUCUCUUGAUACUUCAAAGGCAGUAGAGCUGUUGAUUGCUGAUCAGAAAUGGUCCAGACAGUCAUUUUUGGUCACAUGUCACAUAGUAAAACUUAAUUUGGCGUUGCCUUUCAGUUACCACAAUUCUUUGAUAAGUUAAGGUGGUGAGAUUCCGUUCAAGUGCAACAAAUUCAUGCUGUUAUACCACCUUAAUUUUUUCAGGAUGCCAAAGUUAAAAUACUUUACUUCAGAGUGUAAAAGAAAGUGAUUUAUAAGGUGAAAGUGCUCUUUAUUGGUCUUAUGGAACAGUGUCUCUUGUUUCCAAGUUUUCGAGACUAUUUUCCUUUUCACAUGUAAAGAUGAAGAUGCUAAUACUAAGCUCAUUAUUUUUGUCUUUCCAGCUAUAACAGAGUAGGUGAUUAUCACCUCUUUCUAUUUCUGAGUUUUGUAAAAUAGAUUAUUACUACAUGGUUAUACUGCAAAAUCAAUUUAGUUAGAUGAUGAAGUGUCUUGGGGGAACAGUAAUAAUAAUAAUUCCUUAACAACCAAUUUAGAUGGUUCUCCUGAAACUCGAGGUCAUCCCUUUUGAUCCAUCUCUUUUCUUAAGGUAACGAUGAAAGUACAAAAGAGCAAGUCCAUGAGGAAGACAACUCACCCACUGUGUGUGAGCUCGUGUCCUUAGUCGUUGAAUCGACAACAUGGCUUCGUAGCCUCUCGAUCCAAAAGCAAUCUCCUUGGCAGCCCAGACCCCCCAAGUCUCCCGAAGAAUACCUACUAUUGCAAUUGAACUCGUGUCUUAAGUCGCUGAAUCGACAACAUACCUUCGUAGCCUCUCUCCUUAGCAGCCCAGACUCCCUAAGCCUCCUGAGGAAUGCCUUACUACUGCAAAUGCUUACUGCCCCUGCCUCCCCUUUAUAGGUGAGUGGGUGUCCCUUCGCAGAUGAAACCGAGGUCAUUACUGUUAGCGUCAGCAAGAAAAAAAAUAUAUUCUUAUUACUUUUUUUAUUUAUAUAAAUCAAUAAAAAGAUUCCAUUAGCUCAAAGUAUUCAAAUCGCUUCAAUUCCUCAUUAGGAAUAUCACUUUUUUUAAAACAAUAAAACGAUUCCAUUAGCUCAACAGGGUUCAUUCAAUCACGUCAGUUCCUCAUAAUAUUAAUUUCAAAUGGUAGAAGAGUUCUUUUAUUUAACAUCAACAAAGUACCAAACCAAAUGUCGGAAUCAAUGACCAAUCGCUUUAGAAAUCAACGCGGAGUGUCUACUGUUGAAAGCGUUUGGUGAAUCGACACAGAGACAAAAGAACAGCUCACCUAACUACAUAAGCGAACACUGGGCCUUUUUUCACACAGAUUUUGAGGAAAAAUGUUACCAAACAAAAUCCAACAUUAUGCAAGUGUGUAUAUGUUUCUAUAGAAAUGUAUAUAGACACAUCUAAAAUCAAUUUGAAACAUCUGUUCAAAUUAAAUUUACUGAAACAGAACACAACCAUAACAGCUACAGAAACUGAGAUCAACAUUGUGUAGAUGUGUGUCUAUAGGUGUAUCUAUCACAUUUAGAUAUAAAUAUCAUACAUUGACU